AUGCAGGGGGUGUUAUUGGCAGUGCAAUUAUCCGAGCAUUUCCGGCGUCAGUCUGUGGCAGGCUUCCACAUGCGUCAACGACAUGCGCACUACUCGGACGGCACAAUUUGCGGAAGCAGAAGCAGAAACCUGCCGCACGACACACUGGAGCCCAACGCGAACUUUUGUGCCCCAGAAUGGCUUUGGUUUUCAAAGGCUACCUCAUGUCGUCUAAUUUUCUUCCGUUACGACCACCAACGCAAGUUCAUUGAAACUGCCUUCGGAACCAACUUCGGCUGUCUCGGUGGACUACUGUUCCAGGACGAUGUCGCUAUUGCGGCGAUAUUACAGGUCUCUGUUUUGUAA